AUGAAUCCAGGAGUGCGCCUCAGCACCGCCAGCUAUGGCAAGCCGGCCCUGGCGCAGACCACAGCAACGCCGUCUCCGAGCCCUGCCCCUGCGGCCCCGGUGCCGCUGCUGGAGGAGAAUUUCAAGAGUCGGCUGAACGAAUGGGCGACCAAGAGGUGGCGACAGCCGGCGCCAGAGUUGCUGAAGUAUGACAGUGAAAACACCUCACUGGGCUUCGUUGCCAAG